AUGGUCACAAGAGGGGCUUCACUCACGAUCACAGGAGGGACUUCUUCCUCGUCCUCGACCUCCGAAAGAACAAGGAGGACCCUUUUUCUCGGCCGCUCUAACACCGCCGUCUCAACCGCAACACUUUCGGCUGGCGAGGCCUCAACCGCUGCAGCCUCAGUACUUGAGGCCUCUCGAUCCCUGUUGCGACCCGGGGCUACGUGUACAGAGAGAGAAGCAAAAUAA